GUGCAGUCUGCUGCUGUCUGUUCGCCAGACCAGACUGAGGGAGCCUCGCUGCAGCCGACUGCCAAGUCAGCCAGCCUUCAGGACUGGAACCACCAAAUGCUUCCGUUGUAAAUCGUCGAAAUGCUUCUGAAGCGACAGCUAACCAAAGCAGCGCCUUGGUUUGGUGAUUUAUUUUAACCAGCUAGCUCCAGCUAACGUGGGGGGAGGCACUCCCACAGUCUGAUCAAUGGUUAGCGGAAGGGCGGAGAAGCGGGCUGUUUUUCUUUUUAUAGAGGCGAGAUCUAACUUGGAGAAUGUCUAAACGUCUACGGAACACCGAGGUGUGCGCCGACUGCAGCGUCCCAGAACCCCGCUGGGCGUCAGUAAACCGUGGUGUACUGGUUUGUGAUGAGUGCUGCAGCGUCCAUCGAAGCCUGGGCAGACACAGCUCCCAAGUCCGUCACCUGACACACACACCAUGGCCACCCACACAGCUGCAGAUGGUUCACACUUUAUACAGCAAUGGUGCCAAUUCAAUAUGGGAGCACUCGCUCCUGGACCCGGCGUCUGUGAUGAGUGGGAAACGAAAGGCCAACCCGCAGGACAAACUGCACCCGAACAAAUCUGAAUUCAUAAAAGCCAAAUACCAAAUGCUGGCUUUUGUCCAUCGCAUGCCGUGUCGGGAGGACGACAGCUCGACAGCCAAGGAUUUGAGCAAGCAACUGCACUCAAGUGUGCGCACGGGGAAUCUGGAGACGUGUUUACGGCUGCUGUCUCUGGGAGCACAAGCUAACUUCUUCCACCCAGAAAAGGGGAACACGCCGUUGCACGUUGCUGCGAAGGCAGGACAAGUGUCUCAGGCUGAGCUUUUGACUGUUUAUGGAGCAGAUCCAGGAGCUCCUGACACAAAUGGGAAAACACCUAUUGACUAUGCAAGGGAGGCUGGCCAUCAUGACCUGGCUGACCGACUGGUGGAGAUCCAGUAUGAGCUAACUGAUCGCCUGGCGUUCUACCUGUGUGGGAGAAAACCAGAUCAUAAGAACGGCCAGCACUUCAUCGUUCCACAGAUGGCUGAUAGCAGUCUAGAUUUAUCGGAACUGGCCAAGGCAGCAAAGAAGAAGCUGCAGUCUCUCAGCAAUCAUCUGUUCGAGGAGCUGGCCAUGGACGUGUAUGACGAGGUGGACCGGCGAGAGACUGACGCAGUGUGGUUAGCGACACAGAAUCACAGCACACUGGUGACGGAAACAACCGUGGUGCCAUUUCUACCCGUGAAUCCUGAAUAUUCAUCCACACGAAAUCAGGGACGCCAGAAGCUAGCUCGAUUUAACGCACACGAGUUUGCAACUCUUGUGAUCGACAUCCUCAGUGAUGCGAAGAGAAGACACCAAGGGAACACUGUUUCCAGCCCGAAAGACAACGUUGAACUCAUCCUGAAGAGCAUGGCAGCUCAGCACAGCCAGGACAACGACCAGCCGGACUAUGACAGCGUGGCAUCUGAUGAAGACACGGACCAAGAACUUCCGUCUAGCAAAGGGGAUCGGACCAAGAGCCUGGACUCGGACCUCUCAGACAGCCCCAUCACUAUGCAGGAGUACUUGGAGGUGAAAAAUGCUCUCUCUGCCUCUGAGGCUAAAAUCCAGCAGCUCAUGAAAGCCAACAACAACCUGAGCGAUGAGCUACGACUGAUGCAGAAAAAGCUGCAAACUCUGCAAAGCGAGAACACAUCGCUCAAGCGGCAGGUUACUACCAAUAUCUAUCAGAUCCCCAGCGGCUCCGACUUCCCCGACCCCUCCAGCCCCUCGGCCAUGAAACGCCGGCAGUCCGCUCGGUCCAGUCGGCCCAUGUCUAUGUAUGAGACCGGCUCAGGCCUGAAGCCUUAUCUCCCUAAAGGGGAAACUGGCUACCAAGAGGAGGCUCUCCCCACCCUGCAACCCUUCCCUCAUGCCUCCAAGUUAGAGAAGCAGAGCAGUAUGCCAGAGAGCGACUACGACAACACCUUCAAUGACCCUGAGCUGGAAGAUUCAGGUAGGCGAGGCCGACUCCGGAGCAGCGGCUGGAUGGGAGAGGGAACCUCCAUCCCUGAGCUGGACGAUAUGGAGACAGAGUCCGACCCCACACUUCCCAGCACCGAGGACGUCAUCCGCAAAACCGAGCAGAUCACCAAGAACAUCCAGGAGCUGCUGCGAGCUGCGCAGGAGAACAAACAUGACAGCCGUCCGUACGAGCGUGAAGGCACGCGGCGUCUCAGGCACAGUCUGGGGUGCUUCAGCACCUUGGUGCCCUGGGCAGAGAAGUCCCCUUCUCCCCUGCAGCCCCUGGCCCUCCGGUCUCCUGACCCCGCCUCCUGCUUCAUACCGUGCUCAGAAAGAAUCCAUGUGGCUGUGACAGAAAUGGCUGCCCUAUUUCCCAAGAAGCCUCGCUCAGACAUGGUCAGGAGCUCUCUGCGCUUGUUGACCUCCAGCGCGUUCAGGCUGCAGGGCGAGUGCAGGAAGGCCGUCCCCCCUGAGGGCUGCCCGGGUCCGGACAUGCAGCUGGUCACCCAGCAGGUCAUCCAGUGUGCGUACGACAUCGCCAAGGCAGCCAAGCAGCUGGUGACCAUCACCACUAAGGAGAACACCAACUGACAGCACUUCAGCGGCCGCACAGUCGCCUUUUAAAUUAUUUUUUCUAUUUGUGGUUAAUGCAUGACUUUCUUUUUUGUAUCAAGAUAAGCAUUUGAGUGACAGUUUUGCUAAGUCAGCACAACUUGAGGGAAAUCUCUCAUAACAAGGCACAUUUUUUUGACGGAUAACUGACUCUGGAAAGUACAACUUUUGUUUACAACUAGCUCAUCACACUGAAGCACAUCAGUCAGUAGAUCGGAUGCUGUGACGUCAUCCUGAGACACUGACAAGCCAUAAAAACAUAAAUCUGUCGUCUAUAGUGAGCAUGUCGCACAAUUUAGGUGCUAUGUUACAGUUUGUUCCACUAAAAAAAGCUAAUGAUGACCUGAUCAUCUGGUCUUGCUCAAGGGUCACACUUCACCAGCAGCCAGAUGUCGUCUUGUGUGUAGCCCACUCUGCACAGUGUUGUCGCUCAUGUUACCAAACAAGACAAUAUGCAUCAUAACGUCCGUGUGUCGACCGCUAGCUUUGUGAUUACUGUGGAACAUUUGGGAAACAACUGUAGAGCUACAGCAUGUCAACCAUCAGGUGUUUCUGUGUUCAGCUUUCCUGUGCCUAAAUGAUGUUUGGGGUUUUUGUGACGCAGCAUUUAAGUUGCUAUUUAAAGAUUAUUUUCUAAAUAAAAUUAUUUAUGAAUACAGCCUGCGUCACUG